UUCCGGCGCGGUUGCCAUGGGCACGCAGGGCCCGGCGCGGCGGCCAUGGAGGAGCCGGCGGGCGGCGGGGCCCUCAGCGGCUCGCAGAGGGAGCAGCUGCGGGAGAAGCUGGCGCUGCUGCGGAGGGAGUACAGCGAGACCGUGAGCCGGCUGCGGCGGGCGCGGCGAGCAGAGCGAGCCAGGAGCCACGGCCGGGACGCGGAAGGAGGCCGGCGGGCGCCGAGCCCCGCAGGUUCUAGAGAUACAGAACCUCCUAGUGCUGACAAACAUGAAACCUCACAGUUACAGACUAAACCCUGCUCCGGGCUUGGCACACAGGAGCAAACAUCUGGUGCAUUCAGACAUGUUCCCGAGAGGGGCCUGCAGGGCAGCUCACAGGCAGAAGGCAUGCAGGCUAGUCAGGAAAUGCUGUGUGCUGGAAUUGCCAGGCCUAGCCCUGAGGAGAACAAACACCAAAGCUCCAGAAGCCUGCUGAGGCUGAGGAGACGGGUGAAGGCUCGGGUGUCGGGGGGAUCAGUGCGUGAUGUGCCUCUCAGCAGCACUGGUGAAACGGUGACAAAUCGAAUUGUCAGCACACGGGAGCUGCAGUCUCCAGUCUUCAGGCAAAGCAGUGCCUCAGCCACUGAGGAAACGGCUCCGAGAACAGCAGGACCAGCACUUGCACAGAGAGAAGAGAAUGGUUUCACUCCUCCCAGUGCAGUGUCAGGAGUCACACAAGACUCUGUCCCUCCAGGAGCACCUGAGCUCUUCCCAUGUGUACUGCAGGACAGCAGCAGUGUCUGGCAGCCCAGGUCCCCGGGUGCUGUGCCCUCAUCUGACAACCCUGAGCCUGCAUGGCCGUGUUCAGAGAACAGAGACUCUGCUUUAGUUGACAUCAGUGCUGAUGGAGGAAAGGAAUCCCCCAGUGUAAUCAGCCAAACGGUUGGUGAGAGUAUGUGUGAAGAUCAGGGGGAAUUACGUAGGCUCUUGGAUUUAAUGUCAGAAAAUGAGGCAUUGUCUCCUGAUGGAAAUAAGACUGUAACUAACGAGAGCAAAAGCCACGAGGGGAAUCAGAGUGAUGCUGGUAGCUUAGAUCCCUUUCCAGCAGAUCUUGCUCUGGACGGUGUUGAAGAACUGCUGGAGAACCAACAGCUUGAAACUCAGUCAAGACUUUCUCCUCUGGAAAACGUGGCAGCCCCUGGAAGCACCCUGAGCUCGUGCACGGUGGUUGAAGGGCUUCUCUUCCCAGUUGAAUACUAUGUCAGAACAACUCGGCGCAUGUCCAGCUGCCAGAGGAAGGUGGACCUCGACGCUGUCAUCCUCAGCCAGCUGGGCAGGAACAAGAAGGGUCAGCGAAGUAAGUGCAAGCUCAGAGAUGUAAAUUCGGAUCAGCCCUCCCAAGAAAGAGCUGAAAAUGAUUUGGUGUCAGGGAUAGUGCCAUUCCCUUGCCUUGGGGCAGAAAAUGAUCCAGCGAAUACAGGUAGUCCUCAGAGAUCUCUUCCUGCCUCCAGUGGUAGCAGCACUUCCCUUGGAUCCGUUUCCCAGAGCAGUAUCACUAGCACAGGGCGAGAUCGGAGACAAUCACAGAGGAAGCAGAAGGGAAGAAGAAAGUCUGCCAGCAACCCCCCUGUGCGUCUGGUGUCACCAGAGCUCAUCGAGAGCCUGGAUCUCGUAGUGGCGAGGGAAGGCAGCAGUCUGCUGUCAGAUGAGUGUCAGAGCCAAAAGGGAAACUGUGAUGGGGGUCUGGAAAAGCCACCUUCAGAGGAGAGAAGGUUCUCUGCUGCUGCAGCUCUUGGGGCUACAGAGACAGGAGGGGCUGGUGCUGUACAGGCGAGGAGUGUGGAUCCUGCUCCAGUGGGGAGCCCAGUGCUUGACAAGUGCCUUAAGACUCUGUUAGAACAGCCUCAAAGUCUACUUCAGGACAGUGAUUCUCUGCACCUGGGGAAUGGAGCUUCUCCCAUCCACACAGGAGACCUGGAAGCCAGCUUCCCUGUGUGCCAGGCUGAUGGAGAGCCAGCAGAGCCUGUGGGGAAGGAGCAGGUACCCGAAGCCUGCAGGGCUGAGCUGCUCCCGGUGAUUAACUUCCCCCUGCGCCGCUCUCUGCGUUGUGCUGCGAGGCAGAGAGCAGGAGGGCACAUGGCAAAAGGUCCUGAGGGUCUUGCUCCUCUUGGCCUCCCUGCUGUGGACCUCGAUACUUGUGGCUCUCUCUUCUCCUUCCGCAGCCUCCAGUGGCUGGCCCCCAGGCUGGGUAUCAGGGACUUCCACUUACCUGAUGAGGAGUUUGGACUACUAAAACAUGAGAAGCUAAAAUCUUCCCCUGUGAAUGACUUGGAAGUUUUCGUUCCGAGUGUGUUUGGAGACGGAGUGGCUGCAGAGGACACAAAGGAUGCACAAAUGACUCCAGAAGAAAGAUGUCUCAGAAGUGAUUUGAUUUCACCUUUCAAAACUGGGCUGCCCAAGUCACCUCACGCAGAAAGCCCAGCUUCCAAGAAGGAGCUUUCCACCCACGAAUUGCUCCUUACUCCUGUGGGGACUGUCUUGGCUGCUGCUCCCACUCAGCCGGGGUCCCAGAUUUCCUCAUGUGUGUUCCCUGUUGUGGGUGCAACCCCGGCUGCGUUACCCUCAGUGCACAGUGAGGUGUCCCCCGACACACCUCCCGUCCCUCCCAGCCUGCAUCCCUCCUACGGAGCAUCUGCACGGGGUGUGCAGGAUGGGGGAUGCAAAGACUCUGCCAUUCCACUGCACUCGGACCAUUAUGGUGCAGGAUCUGCUGAGCAAGAGGAAGAACAAGGUACAGCGUUUCCUGUAGAAGCGGAAAGAGGUCCCAGUAAUAAAUGUGAGGAGGCUGAGGCCUCGGAGAAGCACCAGCACUCAGAGGGCAAACAGCAGGGAUCCGGCAGAGCUUCUCCUGAGCAGGACAAAGCUGUAGCAGAACAGUUGAUUCCAGUACUGCCGGAUGGCCUGAGAGAAGAGAGCUUGCAGCUUCUAUCCAAGCUGAAGGAUUGUCUGAGUUCCUGCGCCGUGGAUGUGAGCACCAUGUGGUGGGAAGCAGCUGGCUGCAGAGAGCUCUGUGUGGUGACAGCCUGUGAGAGCUCUGUCUCCCUCUGGAAACCCCUGGGGCCUGACCACUGGGAAAAGGUCUACACUUGGCAGCUCGGAGAGAUUCCUGUAAUACAGAUCGUUCCUCUGCCAGACUCCUGCAAUCUCAUGUGUGUAGCACUGGGAGACCUGGAGAUUGGAGAAAUAAGGCUCCUGCUUUAUUCAUCUGAGACUGACUCAUUCAAGCAAUCACUAGUGAGAACUGGAACCAUAAAAGCUGUUCUCGGGCUGAAGGACAGGAGGCUGGUCAGCAACAGUAGGGCUCUGCAAGAGCAGCACGUGGAAAUAGUGUCUUUUUCAGAGACAGGAAGGAGCAGGGAUGGACAGACUCUGAUGCCUCCUGAAGAGACUGUUUCAGCUUUUGCUGAAGUGGAAGGAAUGAGGGACGCCCUGGUUGGCACCACUGCAGUGAACAGCAUUGUCAUUUGGAAUCUGAAAACAGGCCAGCUCCUGAAGAAGAUGCACAUUGGUUAUUCCUACCCAGCUUCCAUCUGCCAUCGAGCCUAUUCCGACUCUGGCCUCCUGUUUGUGGUUUUGAGCCAUCCACACGCCAAAGAGAGCGAGUCCUGUGGAAACCCAGCGUUCCGUGUGGUGGUGUUCAACCCCAGCACAGCCAGGAGCAGGGGGGUGAUGGCCUCCUCCCUCCCGCCCGGGCACACGGGAAGGUACCUGGAGGGUGACGUGAGGGGUGCCUUGGCCGCAGCCGUGCUGACGUCGGGUGCCGUGGCUGUGUGGGACCUGCUCCUGGGCCGGUGCACGGCCCUGCUGCCCCCGGGACCGGCGGGGAGCUGGGCACUGACCCGCUGGGCCAUCACUGAUGCCUGCACCGGUGCCUGCCUGCUGGCCGGGCAGCAGGACGGCACCGUCUGCCUCUACCGGUACCGGCAGCCUCAGCCUGGGGCGGCCUGACGCAGCACUGCGGGGAGCCUCCGGUUCAGCUCCACCGGUACCGGGGGUCGCGUGUGGCUGCGCGUGCGCCCGGGUGUGUGCGGUGCCAUUAAACCACUUGGCUUUA